UAUACCUCCCUUGCUCUAAUACCACGAGACGUUUGGAGCUUAAAAUACUCUGAUUAUUCAACACAUCUCAUAUCAUAACACACCAAAACAAUAACGUUACUGCCGCAUCAUGUCACAAGAAACUGCUGCUGUUGAUGCCAACGCUAAUGCCGGCUUCUGGAAAGAACUCGACUCAUGGAAGACACCCGUAGCUAAAGAGGUCGGUCCUACAGUCGAGGUUGGAUCUAAAGCGCCCUGGUCUCAACACCUUCGCCUUCCAGACGGGAAACCUACUCUCGUGGUGUUUCUCCGUCAUUGUGGAUGUCCCUUCGCUGAAAAAACAUUCAGAGCUCUCGCCGACCUAUCCGAUAAGGUCCCAGGGGUCCAUUGUGUCGCCAUCUCGCACUCUUCAGAAGAGGCAACAGACAAAUGGCUGCCCCUGGUCGGUGGCACCUGGAACGUCGAUGUUGUAAUUGAUGAAGAGCGCGACUUGUAUGCCAAAUGGGGUCUCGGAAUAUCAUCAACGUGGCACGCCGUUAACCCUCUCACGCUGUGGAAUGUCUUCAGCCUUGGAAAGAAUGAGGGCAUCUGGAAUCGACCAACAGAGAGUGGCUCGCGGUGGCAGACGAGCGGUGCCUUUGCUGUUGAUCGCGACGGAACUAUUCGCUGGGCUCAUGUGGCGAGAACCGCUGAUGAUAUGCCGGAUCUCAAGGCUGCCAUGACUGCGCUUGGACAUCCACCCCCUGAGAAUAAGCGCCACUCAAAGCAUGAGCAUUAGUAGAACUACUGAUUGACGAGGUUAGACUUAUCUCAGUGUCCAUAUAUGAGCCGAGAAGGGGGCUAUCAUGUGUCAAAACUAAGCAACGCUGUCACCAGGAUUCACAAGAUAGGCGGCCGUCAAAGUGCAAUUAAUAUAUGCGUGUGAUAUUUAUAGGGUAUUUUGUGUCAUGAUAUAUUGCUCCAGUAUUCGAUCCCGCCUCUUGUCCUGGCCUUUGGAUUAGAGCAUAAUGGCGAAGCGAAGACGAUGGCGCUGGUCCGUACGUGUUUCAGCAGGCCGUAAUACCAUGUCUCGCCGUCUAGAAAGACAGGACCAUGCUCAGCCGUCCAACCUCUAUGUUUCUUCUUCGUGAUGCAACAACAGAACACAUCCCGUCAGACCAGCCGGUGUGCAUGAUCUUGGAAGCCACCAAACCAACCAGGCCAACACUGCUCACCAUUUCUAGAGCAAGCAUCCCUUUCUGCUUGAGACCUCCCCCCAUCUCCAAGAGGCCGAGUGGAUCCUGGUGCGUAGGUUGAGGAGCUUUCCGUUUCUUGGACUGCGUCUUUUUCUUGCCGUUCCUGGGGACAUGGACUAGACUCGACUGCGUUGCCACAGCGUUUGAAAUGGCCCUCUCUUCCAUCAGAUGAUAUAAUCUCUCGGAUUGAAGACUCUGUCGCAGGUUAUUCGCCCAGUUAUAGAGCUCAAGUCGAUCCCAGCUCGGGGUCCGCCUGAAGGACCUUAAUCUCAUGGCCCUCUCCGGGAUAGAUCGAGAGACUGAGGCUCCGCUCGACAAUGCAUUUUGAAGCAAGUUAUCCCCGUGAUCACGUCGCCAUUUGAUACAUUUCACCGCCGCAGAGUGCCGCAAUCGAGCGCUACCGUCCAGAGAAAAGAUGUGGUCGACGAGUCGGCCCAAGUCUGUAGGCAAAAGCGGUGGGAUGUAUUCCGAGUCCAUAAGGGUACUGGCGUCCAUGGUAUCGUAGUCUGGCCGGGAUUCGGUAGAAACGGCAUAUACACACUUGGUCUCCUCUGAGUCGUCAGGCCCCUCAAAGGAGAAAUAACCAACAUCCUUAUCAGCCAGACUCUCCACAACUUGCUGUUUGAUAUGCUUGAUUUCCUCUGGUGCAAGCACAUCAACCCUAGUAAGAACUGGGAUUACGUUAGUCAUGCGCUGAGCGCGUUUAAUGUACUCGACAUCCUCUCG